CUGUCCUGGAACUAGCUCUUGUAGACCAGGCUGGUCUCGAACUCAGAGAUCCGCCUGCCUCUGCCUCCCAAGUGCUGGGAUUAAAGGCGUGCGCCACCACCGCCCGGCACUACACUGUUAUAGUAUGUCAUGGGACGAACCACCUUCACCUAGGAUUGACUUCUCACAAACCAAUUGGUCUUCUAUAGGAAUCUCUACUUUCACAUUCCAGACUAGGAAAGGGGGAAACGUGGAUAGUGGGAACCAAGCUAUGGCCAGAGAGGGCUGUCACUCCCUGUGAAUGCAAGUCAGGUGUGAGGGCCGUUGGAGUGGGCUGUGCUCUCUUGUACCGACACCAAGUAGCCAUACCUCCUUCCCGUCUUCCUGGCCCAAUGCUAACAUUUCAUGCUACUGCUCCCUGACUCCUGCGCUCUAAUGCUCUCCAAGUGCCACUCUCUACUUUCCCCUAAAGUUCAGGUCUUCUUCCCUUGGCCUCCACAUGACGUCUUAAGCCGAUAUAGCACUAGUUAUUGGAAACUAGUUCUGUGAGACGGCUUUUCCCUCUUAAAGGCCUGUUGGUCUCAUUGCACAGCACUUCAUGCCAGCUUGCGCUCCACUCUCUCCAUUUGGGCUCAUUAGGUGGCAGCCAUGCAGGGAGGUGUUUCCAUAGUGACGCCAGAAGAGCCCAUACUAUAACCUGCUGCCCUUGCUGUUUGGUCUUUUCAGAAGAGGAAGUACCAUUACUAUUGAUGCAGCGUACACUUUGGGGACAGCAAGCACCCAUGUGUGAAAUCCAUUCUUAGCACCUUUGCCUGUACAAUGCCCUGCUAAGGCCACCUUUACAAAGCCUUAUUUUUCCCAAUGCUGUCCUCUUCCAACAGUCUUCCUCCGUGACUCCUCUCAUAGAACAUGGUCUCUUUUAACCAUACCUGUGUCCCAGUGACUGUAUUCAAGGCCGGCACCAGCCAUCUUCCAGUUGUCCUAGAAAUGUGUGUCACACGGAUUCUAAGCACCUCACUCGUCAUAGUCUCUCCUGUCUCAGCUCAGUAACAACUAUUGCUCUUAGAACCUGGCCCUUCUCAGUCCCUCAGGAUUUCUCUCCACCCAAGGCCUUCCAGGAAACCCAUACCUGGAGUCACAUUUAAUUUGAAAGCUUACCAGGGAGCUUGUGAAUAGUCAAAGAUGUUAAAUGCCACCAUUUAAAAGUGAUUUCACAGCAACAUCUGGUUUGACGCUCCUCUGAAGCUUUGAGGGAGCCCAUCCAGUAGUUAGUGUGUUCACCGUUGGGCCCCCUCAUUCUCUCCCAAAGCCUAGACCUUGAUUUGCCACUCACAUUGCCCCUAAGGAUGCAGAGUGUUACUGCCUGAUUCCCAAGUCCCUUUGUGGAAAUGAAAACCUCAGUGCUCCAAGCCUCUGCCUUUCAUCUUGUGCUUUUACUGGCCUAGCCCACUGUAAUCCUUUCUGCCACAGAGGCCACCUAUGUAACAGCCCAGAUUAUCAACCUCCAGAGUUUUGUUAAUAUGCUUCCUUGUGCUAGAGAUGACUGACAGUGAGUUUGUGGCUUGAUGCCAUGGUGUCAGAACUGAAGACAAGGUGUCAGAACACGGAAUGGAAACUGGAGAAAAGGAGGCAACUUGGACGUCAUCAUCCACCUGCAGCUUCUGUGCUUAACUUCUAGAGACAAGACUAUCCUCCAUCCUGUCCAUGGAGCUCAGGGAUAAUUCUGCUCUGAGCCCUGCGUCUCUGGUAGGUGAAGGGCUGACUGAUACCAUGGGGACAGUUAGAGGUAGAGAACUCUCUUACUUGCAGACGACAUAAGCCCUAAUCAAAAUAACUCCAACAAAAUCAUUAUUAGUGGUGAAUGGAAUCAAAAUAUCUAUUCAGUAUUUGGCUUCAGGUUAAUUUUUUUUUUUUUUUUUUGGAUUUUCGAGACAGGGUUUCUCUGUGGUUUUGGAGCCUGUCCUGGAACUAGCUCUUGUAGACCAGGCUGGUCUCGAACUCACAGAGAUCCGCCUGCCUCUGCCUCCCAAGUGCUGGGAUUAAAGGCGUGCGCCACCACCGCCCGGCUUUUUUUUUUUUUUACAGUUCAUGUUUUUCAUAGAUGGAUAUGGUGCAAACCUGUAAUAAAAUAAAAUAAAAUAAAGAAAAUAAGCCACGUAAAAAUGGAAAAUUCACAGAGAGUCUGGAUUCUUUGUAUUAUUGUGUUUUCUUUAAAAUUUUUGACUGUAAAGGAGCUAAGUGCAGAGAGACAUUUCAUUAUAUGGGCUGCCAAGCUAAACCAGAAUGGAUAUAAGGGUAUUAUGAUUUCAGAAUAUGGGUCUAAGGAUAUGAUGCUUUGGAGAGGGUCUUCUUUUGUUUUCACAGAGGAUGAGACUCUGUGGAUUGCGUCUAUCCCAAUAUGGUAUGAUAGACCACGCCCUCCUGAAAGGUUGCUGUGAACACCUUCAGAAAAUUACUUCACUCAACUGCCGACUGAGAUGACCCUGACACACAGGUUACACCAUGAAAGAUCUGAAUACAGCGCCCCCAUUCAGCAGGAAGCAGUUUGGAGAAAAAAACUGCGCCCAUGUUCCCAAAUAUGGUUUAUAAAUGUUCUUUUACAUUUAAAGGGGGAUAUGAUAUAGAUAUAAAUAAUUUGCAUUGGUAUGGAUUAUAAGGUCAAUUUUGUUAUGUGUAUAUGUAUUUCUGAUCUUGAUUAAGGUAUUGUGAUUGUGUAGUUCAUUUAAAAAUGUAAUGUACAAUUAGGAAAUAUAGGUUGCUAAUGGAUAAUCAUCGAUAAUAGUAAAGCUUGUAGUCGUGUUAGUUAGAUUUUCUAGAUGUGCAUAGAUAUAUUUCAGUUAAAUAGGCAUUCUUCAUAUCUUUCAAAGGCUACAGAAUAUGGCAUUUAAAUGUUUUAAUAACUUAGGACUGUUAUAGUGAGAUACGUCUGCUCCUGGCAGCACCAAUCUACUUCAAGAAGAAGAUGGGCAUCGAAGAGGCUUCUUAUGGAGUUGGUUAGCCAUUUGGGCAAGAAACUACUCUUGCCUGGACUGAUGCAUAAACUGGACACAGAGAACCCACAGAGAGAGGACUGCUGAACUUGCCUAAAGGUGCACAUGGAAAGCCAGGUGUUGGAUCCCUUGACACUGGAAUUAUAGACAAUUGGGAGAAGCUUGAUGUGGGUGCUAUGACCCAAACCUGGGUUCUCUGCAAGAUCAGGACGUCUACCGGGCGCGGGAACCCACCCAGGGGACAAACCCUUUUGGUGCUCAGGUCCCAUCGAAAUCUGACGAUGGUCGUCAAUUUCUUUCCAGCACUCCGCCAGGGGAAAAGAGGCUUGGCCGUGGCCAUGGUUACCGGGAAGGCACCGCCUGUCAUUCAGGAAAGCCUGCAGGAACUACGUUUACCCGAGCAGCGGUGACGGUUGAGACCUUUAGGGCCGUUCCCGGAGCCACGUAUUCUCCAUUUUAGCUGCAACCCUUCAGCAGUCCUCUGGGCGUAUAAAGUCCUUGUCUAAACUGGGAAACUGAGGUCCCGGCGGGCUGCUCGAGGCCGUGGGCGGGGACGGGCUAUGCCCAGGUCUUCUGCCCGCCGUGCCCCACCCCCAUUACAGAUUCCGACGGCGGCGACUUGGCCACCAACAGAUGCAGCGCUGGGCCUGAUGGCCUUUGAGGAUGUGGCUGUGUACUUCUCCCAGGAGGAGUGGAUGUUCCUGGAUGCAGCCCAGAGGGCCCUGUACCGCCAUGUAAUGCUGGAAAACUUCGCACUUGUAGACUCCAUAGGUAAAGUCCUGAAUCCUCCAUUGGAAGCAAAACUGGGACCAGGACUCUCUGUCUCUCGGCCUCGUGUGAUCAUCCAGCUCCAGCGUGGCGAGGAACCCUGGGUUCCCAAUAGGACAAAUACAGGCCCAGGCAGGAGCACCCACAGGAGACCCAGCCUUGGAUCCCAUCACAAUGCAAGGGACAGACACGCGUCUGGAAAUGCAGCACUUCUAGGGGCCACUUGUGACAGUCCUGAUGGAAUACCCACUAGUGUCCUUCCCCCUGCUGGUGCCUGCGCUGAUGUAAAAAUCCUGGAGGGACACCAGAUUGCCUCCCCAUCUCUGCAGAGAAAACCCACAGGGGUAUCUGUGAUCUAUUGGGAGCAGCUACUGCUAGGUUCCAGCAGCAAUGAGGCAACUGUUAGCCUGCGAUUGACUUCCCCAGUGGGGAUUCCUGAAGAGGGUUCAUCCAGAGUGAAGGCCUUCUCCGACCUCCUGACCCCAGAGAAGCAGCCACGAGGAGCUGUGCAGCAAAAGCCAGAAUUGCAGCUAACCCCAGGGAGAGUCUUCCGAAGUAUCCCAGACUUCCAUGGGGCUGAGGAGGAACGUGGAAUGAGUGGGGCUUGGCUCGAAUCUCAGAGAGACUCCAGUGUUCCAGAGUCCCCACUAUGGGACAAGCUGGGGGAGGCCUUCCAGGCUGGCCCAGGACUUCUCUCUGGGGACAAACCUUUUGAAUGCAGGGCAUGCAACAAAGUGUUCGUGAAGAGCUCAGACCUCCUCAAGCACCUGCGCACCCACACGGGAGAGCGGCCUUAUGAGUGCACCCAGUGCGGCAAGGCCUUCAGCCAGACAUCACAUCUGACUCAGCACCAGCGCAUCCAUAGCGGGGAAACGCCCUAUGCAUGCAUGGUAUGUAGCAAGGCCUUCCGACACAGCUCCUCUUUGGUGCGCCAUCAGCGCAUCCACACGGACGAGAAGUCCUUCCAUUGCAGUGAGUGUGGCAAGGCCUUCAGCCACGGCUCUAACCUCAGUCAGCACCGCAAGAUCCACAUGGGAGGGCGGCCCUAUGCCUGUGCUCAGUGUGGCCGCCGCUUCUGCCGCAAUUCGCAUCUCAUCCAGCAUGAGCGCACACACACCGGGGAGAAGCCCUAUGCUUGCUCCCUCUGCGGCGCAGCCUUUAGUCAGGGCUCUUCACUCUUCAAGCACCAGCGUGUGCACACCGGAGAGAAGCCUUUCUCAUGCCCACAGUGUGGCCGUGCCUUCAGCCAUAGCUCCAACCUCACACAGCAUCAGCUGCUGCACACUGGGGAAAGGCCCUUCCGCUGCGGGGACUGCGGCAAGGCCUUUGCCAAAGGCGCAGUGCUGCUCAGCCACCGGCGCAUUCACACGGGUGAGAAGCCCUUUGUGUGCACGCAGUGUGGCCGCGCCUUCCGUGAGCGCCCAGCCCUCUUCCAUCACCAGAGGAUCCACACCGGAGAGAAGGCCCUUCGGAGGCCCAGGGGCGGCAUGCACUCCCAAGUCAGGUCUCUAGCGGCAUCCUUAGAUGGCACACCUCCCAAGGCCACCCUGGACUCUGGCAGCAGUCCCAAAGCUAGCUGAGGCCUGAGGCCACAAUUGUGCCCUUCCCUGCCUUCUCUGAAUACCUCUCACUCACUGUUGAAGAGCCUGUGUCCUCAGCAAACCCACUGAGAAGCCCUGUUAUGUGAGCCAGGUAUGGGGAAGACUUGCCAGUUGGUACCAUUUACACAUGACAAGAUCUGCUGUUCAGCCACAGUUCACACCUACACCCUGAAAGAAGCCAUUCUGGAGAGGCAUCCUCAGUAUGCAUGUGUCCCCUGGGAUUGGUGGAGCAGACAAGGAUUGCCCCCAGAAUAGGUGGGUAACCCACAGACAUCUUCAUGUUGAUGCCACUUCUGUAUUUCCUGACUGUGGCUAUGAAAAUCGGGGGGUGGUGGCGCACACCUUUAAUCCCAGCACUUGGAAGCCAGAGGCGGGCAGACGUCUGUGAGUUUGAGGCCAGCCUGGUCUAUAAGAGCUAGUUCUAGGACAGGAACCAAAGCUAUAGAAAAACCCUGUCUCAAGAAGAAAGGAAGGAAGGAAGGAAGGAAGGAAGGAAGGAAGGAAGGAAGGAAGGAAGGAAGAAAGAAAAAAAGAAAGAAAGAAAGAGAAAGGAGGAAAAGAGCAGGUGGUAGGUAGAGACGGCUGAGGAAUCUGCCUGCUCAAGCUAGCAGCUGGAGAUGCACCCCCAGGGUGCAGUGCAUACAGUUUCCUUGCUGCAAGCCUCAGGCAAAUAAAUGGUUUGUUUCUGAACCUGGGCUUUCUCUGUGAAAAUGAAGAGGGAAGA